AUGACCAGUAUUCUCCACCUGAGGUAUCUGCUUUUGGCCCUGUUAUCAGCCAGCAUCAUAGUAUGUGGAGACGUAAAUGUGAACCAAGAGACUAUUCAAACUGAGAAUGCCAACGUGGAUGCAUCCGAAGAAACGGGCACUGGCGAGAAGAAAGCAGAGCAAGAUGAACCCACCUGCAAGAAUCCCGACAGCGAUGGCACUUGUCUUCCGCCAUCCAACCUGGAAGAAUGUGGGAUUUGGUUGGCGCCCAGCAGUAUCCCUGGAGCUGGUCUAGGGAUGUAUGCUGGAAGAGAUUUCAAAAAAGGAGAAGAAUUGCAGCCAUCGGGAGAAAUUGUCAUUCCAAUGAUUGAUAUAAAUCAUCAUCAAUACGCAUUGGGUGAUCAGUUUUUUAUGCUGUGGGAUGAAUAUACCUGGAGUGCGACAGGACUGCACAUGGACCAUCUAGGCUAUGUUGAAGUAAAGGUUGCGAGCCCAGGGUUUGGCUCAGCUGCAAACUCUUUUAUUGAUCUGGUCAACGUAGAUGAGUUACGGCCAAGGCACAGUAUUCCACAUGGUUUGCAUCGAUCCAGAGAUCCAGGUGCUGGGGCUUUCUCAACCUACCAUGAUCGGCAGUCCACAGCGUCUGUCGAUAUUCAAAAGGGAGAGGAACUCUUUGUCGAUUACGGACAACAAGUAAGUCUAAAUCGUUACGGAUGGUGGUGGUUCCGAGAUCGCAAGCAUUUUGGACCUGUGCCGUUGCUAGGAGAUCUAGAUACUGCCACCAGCGUAUUCAAACGCUUUCUGGAAAUGCGGCAAAAGCAUCAUAAACUACGCGAUGAACCAUUUGGAGACUUAUGGGUAAGCUUUGUUGAGAAAACCGACUUUGACGAUUCCAGAUCUCUUGCUGCUUUCCGCAAGACCGAAGAGGAAUGGCGCCUGUUGCACCAACUCAAGACCUUGAAAGAGAUCCGCAUUUUGGAAGGUCUCCGCACCGAUGAAUGGCUCCGCGAACAUGGGACAUGCGCUGACAACAUGGUGGAAGGCGAGUCAACAAUCCGUCAAGCUGGGAGAGGAGCCUUUGCCACAAGACGCCUUGUAAAGGACUCUGUGAUUGCCCCAUUGCCCUUAAUUCAUAUUGGUGAUGCGAGUAUCUUGGAUAUGCUGGAGUUUGAGGACAUUCGCACUUUGAAGACAGAGAAUGUUACGAAUGGAGCGCAACUUACUUUGAACUACUGCUUUGGGCAUCGAGAGUCUUCUCUUCUGCUUUGCCCGUACGGGCCAUUGACCAGUCUGAUAAACCACAACCAAACGCAAGCAAAUGUGAAACUACGCUGGGCUGAUGCUGCCAAAGGAAACCACGAGCCAGAGCUUCUGGAGAGACUAGUAGAGCACUUCGCCUUUGAUAAAACAGCCAAGCUUGCCAUGGAGCUGAUAGCUUUGCGGGAUAUUCAACCAGGAGAAGAGAUAUUCCUUGACUAUGGUGAUGAUUGGGAAGCUGCUUGGCAACAACAUGUGCAAAGCUGGGAACCACAUCCAAGAGCUGCGGACUAUAUCUCUGCCUAUCAAUUAGACAGCUCAUCGGAACGACUUCUGACUGAGUUUGAACAAAUGGAUAGGCCAUACCCUGAGAAUGUUCAAUUGCGCUGUGACAUCAAAUUCUUCCGCUCCAUUGACUAUGAUCACUUCCAGCAAACUGGGGAGAUUACAGUGCUUGAUUACCACACAUCAGAAUGGGUCCCCUGUGAAAUAUUGAGAUUUCGAGUAGUCAACAAUCAAAUGCGCUACACGGCCGUGGCCAGAGUAGAUGAAAACAAGAAUGAGAAGCUCACAGAUGCCCCAAAAGAAGCUUUCAAGUUUUUGGACAAUCCAUACACCACGGACAUGUUUUUGCCUAAUGCCUUUCGGCAUGCCAUGAUGAUACCUGAUGAAAUGUUUCCAGAGUAUUGGAUGAAUCUAUAG